AUGGCGGGAAGGGACGGGGAGUCGCGAUACUCGCGGCAGUUGUACGUGCUGGGCGGCGGAGCGCGGCGGCUGCCCGGUGCGGCGGUGCUGGUGUCGGGACUCCGCGGGACCGGAGCGCAGGUGGCGGCGGCGCUGGUGCUGUCGGGGACGGGGCGCGUCGUCCUGCACGAUCGCGGCGCCGCCUGCGCGGCCGACCGCGCCCACCAGUUCCUCCUGGGGCAGAGUGAUGUGGGCCAGAACCGUGCUGAGGCAUCCCAGCGAGCCCUGGCUGAGCUGAACCCCAGUGUGGUGGUGGAGGCUUAUACCGGGGAGCUGUCAGAGGCCUUCCUCGCCUCCUUCCAGGUGGUGGUGCUGACUGAGUCGCCGCUGGAGGAGCAGCUCCGCGUCGGGGACUUCUGCCAUGCUCAGGGCAUCCGCUUCAUUGUGGCCGAUGCCAAGGGGCUGGCAGGGCAGCUGUUCUGUGACUUUGGGGAGCACUUCGUCAUUGAUGACCCAGCAGAAGGGGACCCAGUGUGUGCCACCGUGCAGCACAUCUCCCAGGGCAACCCAGGAGUGGUGACAUGCGUGGGGACAGAGGACAGCCACGGCCACCAGUUCUGCGACGGUGACCUGGUGACGUUUUCUGGCGUGGAGGGGAUGACAGAGCUGAACGGCCGGGAGCCUGUCCCCGUGCAUGUGCUGGAUGCCUUCAGGCUGGAGAUUGGUGAUACCAGCUCCUUCUCACCCUACCGCCGCGGGGGCCUGGUUUCAGAGGUGCGGCAACCCCAGGAGUGUUCCUACGAGCCACUGUGCCAGGCACUGGAGGAGCCCAAGAUCCAGGUGGCAAGUUCUGAGGAACUGCCACGCAGCCGCAGCCUGCAUAUCGCCUUCCGGGCCCUUCACGCAUUUCGCAGGGAGCAGGGCCGCCUGCCCCGGCCCCGGGUGCUGGCAGAUGCCGAGCGGGUGCUGGAGCUGGCGUGGAGCCUGGGGACGCAGCAGGGUCCCCUGGAUGAGGACAUCGUGCGCGCCUUUGCCUGCGUGAGCGCGGGGAACCUGUGCCCCGUGGCCGCCGUCGUCGGGGCAUUGGCAGCCCAGGAGGUGCUGAAGGCCAUCACUAGGAAGUUCCUGCCCCUGAACCAGUGGUUGUACUUCGAUGCCCUGGAGUGCCUGGCGCUGGCGGGAGCCGCGCAGCUGACGGAGGUGGACUGUGCCCCGAGAGGCUCUCGCUACGACGGCCAGAUCGCCGUCUUCGGGGCCAACUUCCAGGAGCAGCUAGGUCGCCAGAAAUACCUGGUGGUGGGAGCCGGCGCCAUCGGCUGUGAGUUGCUGAAAAACUUUGCCAUGAUGGGGCUGGCGGCAGGGCCAGGCGGGGAACUCAUCGUCACCGACAUGGACGCUGUUGCCCUCUCCAACCUCCAUCGGCAGUUUCUCUACCGCUCAGCAGAUAUAUCGGAGCCUAAGUCUGUGGUGGCCGCGAAGGCCAUACGGCGAAUGAACCCCCAUGUCAGGGUGACAGCUCAGCAGAACCGGGUGGGACCUGCCACUGAGCCACUCUAUGGGGACAACUUCUUCCGGCGCCUGGACGGUGUCACCAGCGCCCUGGACACAAUGGAGGCCCGCACCUACUUGGAGAGCUGCUGCCUCCGAUGCCGCACACCACUGGUGGACUCGGGCACGGAGGGGCCGCAGGGAAACGUGCUGCCCAUGGUGCCACACCUGACCAAGCCUCUGGUGCCGGGUGGGACCCCCAGGGAUGGCACCUUCGCCUCCUGCACCUUGCGGUACUUCCCCCGCACCAUCCAGCACACACUGCAGUGGGCCCGUGAUGAGUUUGAGGGGCUUUUCCAGCUGCCUGCAGAGCACAUCAACCGGUUCAUGGAAGACCCAGCUUUCCUGGAGCAGCUGCCAGCAGGGAAGGCCCUGAAGGUCCUGGAGCAGGUGCGGGACAGGCUGCGGGAGCGGCCGCGGGACUGGCGGGACUGUGUGCUCUGGGCGCGCCGGCACUGGCAGAGCUGCUACCACGAUGCCAUCGCCCAGCUGCUGCACAUCUACCCCCCAGAGCAUGAAACCAGCCCGGGUGUCCCCUUCUGGGCAGGGGACAAGAGCUGUCCCCAUCCGCUGACAUUCAGCCCCGAAAAUGACACCCACCUGGACUAUAUCCUGGCCACUGCCCACCUCUUUGCCCAAGUACACAGGGUGCCACCAUGCAGGGACCGGAGAGCUGCUCAGGACAUCCUCCGCAGUGUGGUCCUGCCACCCUCUGCACUCCAGGAAGGGCUUCAGAUCCCCCUCACAGAGGAGCAGGAGGAGGCACAGAAGCCCACAGACCACAGGCAGCUGACAGAGCUUAUCCAGGACCUGGCGCAGCAGAGACAGGAGCUGGUGGGGCAUGAGGAGGUGCAAGUGCCCCUGAUGGAGCCCAUCCACUUUGAGAAGGACAAUGAUAUCCACGUGGACUUUAUCACUGCAGCAUCCAACCUGCGGGCGGAGAACUAUGGCAUCCCCCCCACCGACUGGCUGACGAGCAAGCGGAUCGCCGGGCGCAUCUUGCCUGCCAUCAUCACCACCACGGCAGCUGUGGCUGGGCUGGCAUGCUUGGAGGUCUACAAGCUGGUGUGGGGGUGCCAGGACCUCAGCUGCUACCGCAACAGCAGCAUCUCCCUGUCCAACUGCCUGCUGCUCCGCCGCGUCCCGCUCCCACCACCCACCUACCGGUACGGCGGGUGUGAAUGGAACUGCUGGGACCGGCUGGAGAUGAGGGCAGUCAGCGCAGACGGGCAGGCAAUGACAGUGCAGGAGGUGCUGGACUGGCUGCAGAGGACACAGGGCUGGACUGUGACCACGCUCCUGCAUGGUGACACUAUACUGUACAACAAGGGAGACGAUGAAGAGACACAGGCCUGGCAACAGGCACAGAGGUUAUCAGAGAUCUUGGAGGAUGCCGGGAUGCCGCAGCAGCAGGCCCUGGAGCUGCAUUAUGUGUGCGAGGGAGAGGAUGCUGAGGAUGAAGAUAAGCGUCCUCCUCUCCUCUGCUCCCUACCUUGAGCAACGGGCCGGCACUUCCUGCCCCACGCAAUAAAAGCUGCAGGAACCACUGUCGCAAAAACUCCCUGCUUGCCCCUGCCCCGAGUCGGGGCACAGGCACCCCCCUUUGAUAAACGCUGCAGUGCCCACACCGUACAAAACCGGGGUUUAUUUACAGGGAGGGGGGGCGGGCGGCAGCAGCGGGGCUAAAUGUAGCCGAUAACGUCGUUGCAGAUGAUGGGCUGGCGGCUGCGGCUGUUCAUCAGGGCGGUGAAGCGGUGGAAGUCCGUGGCCAGCUGGGCGAUGUUGCUGUGAGACUGGUGGAAGC